AUGGUUCAACAUGCUCACCCCAACAUAUUCACAGUCGUCAAGUUGUUCAAAGACAUUCAGAAUGCUAAUGAAAUCAAGAUAACACAGCUCACCGCCUCGUCUGCUCAGCACUGUCCUACGUCCGCCAGGACAGAAUACAAUGUUGCCCAAUGUCCAGAAAACGAGGAAAGUACAAAGAUAAGAGCAAAAAUAAAAGGCUGUGAACGGAUUGAAGGGGAAACUUGUAAAAAUUCGUCAAAAUUCACGUAUCACUGCCUUCCUACUGAUCGAUCAGGAACAUUAGUUGAAGUGUGCGCCGUUGAAAAAUAUAUUUAUGGUGUAUGUGUCUUUUAUAACAACACACAACUUCAAACAGAUAAAAACAUAAAUUGUAGCCAAUCCUCUUUGUGUCCUGGCCGAUUUCUGUCCUCAGAAGCCCACCUGUACGAACCUUGUAAAACCAUGGAAUUAACAUCAACAAUUCCAUCAAGUAAUAAAAAUGUAACUUUCGUUCCUGAAGAUAAGUCAGAAGUGUAUACCACUGUGUUAAUAUUGGUUUCAGCAAUAUCAUUUUUCUGUAUUGGAUUGGCCAUUUUCAUCAUUAAAAAAUGGAAAGAAAGACAGAGAAGGAAAAGCAGAG